GAGGUUUUUCUACAUGAGUGGAGAAGGUAGAUGUUGCAAGUAGAAGAGAUACAACAUUUUUUUAGGAUGUCUGAAGAUGAAGAAAAAGUGAAAUUAAGCCUUCUUGAACCAGCUAUUCAGAAAUUUACUAAGAUAGUAAUCCCAACAGACCUGGAGAGGUUAAGAAAGCACCAGAUAAAUAUUGAGAAGCAAAUCUGCUCCAAUAUCCGAGAAAUGGAGAAGCUUUGUUUGAAAGUCCAAAAGGAUGACCUUGAACUUCUGAAGAGAAUGAUAGAUCCUGUUAAAGAAGAAGCAUCAGCAGCAACAGCAGAAUUUCUUCAGCUCCAUCUGGAAUCUGUAGAAGAACUUAAGAAACAAUUUAAUGAUGAAGAAACUUUAUUACAGCCUUCUUUGACCAGAUCCAUGACUGUUGGUGGAACAUUUCACACUACUGAAGAUGAACCUGAUCCUCAGAGUAUGACUCAGAUAUAUGUGUUGCCUGAAAUUCCUCGAGAUCAAAAUGCUGCAGAAUCAUGGGAAACCUUAGAAGUGGACUUAAUUGAACUUAGCCAACUGGUCACUGAUUUCUCUCUCCUAGUGAAUUCUCAGCAGGAGAAGAUUGACAGCGUUGAAGACCAUGUCAACAGUGCUGCUGUGAAUGUUGAAGAGGGAACCAAAAACUUGGGGAAGGCUGCAAAAUACAAGCUGGCAGCUCUGCCUGUGGCAGGUGCACUCAUCGGAGGAGUGGUGGGGGGUCCGAUUGGCCUCCUUGCAGGCUUCAAAGUGGCAGGAAUUGCAGCUGCACUUGGUGGUGGGGUGUUGGGCUUCACAGGUGGAAAAUUGUUACAAAGAAAGAAACAGAAAAUGAUGGAGAAGCUCACUUCCAGCUGUCCAAAUCUUCCCAGCCAAACUGACAAAAAAAUGCAGUUAAAAACCAAACUUCAGUAUUACUGGCGCCAACAUGUCUAUCCUUUGCUGCUGUUGGACACUCAGUCAGCUUUUGGAACAUGAUUAUGUCAAAAUAGUGGCUACAGAUGCUCAAGUGGGAUUAAACUGUGAUAAGUGGAUAUAUUUUGUUGUUUGCUGGGGUGUUAAUGGGGAUGUUAGAGAUUGAGGAGCCUGGAUUGAGGGUGUACAAUAUUUGUCAGGUAAAGUUUAAGGACUGCCAGGGAACAGAUUUUUUACCUG